CCUCGUCAAUGUUCUCCCAUUCAGAGUUAGGAUACGGGCGCUACAUAUUGAAAAUGGAUAUUCAUACUCUCCCAUGCGCGCCCCGUGGAAGUUGCGUUUGUCUUCUCCAUAUCCAGUAUAUGAGCGCUCUCUGGGUCUUAACGAACUGCAUUUUUACUUGCGCGGUCGAGUUCUUCACGGGGCCACAGAUAAUGCACACUCAGUAUGUUUUGAGGUACUAGACGACGGAACACCCUUAAUUACCGAAGAAACCGUGUGCAAGGCUUGGGUGUUUGCAAAGCAGAUGCACCCUCUCCUGGGGGCACAAGUAGAAACUGUCGGGGAUAGGGACGAAGACGUGCAUUUCAUCGUGGAUGAGCAUCGACUCAAAGCACACAUUCCUGGCGAGGUGAUCUUCAUGAAGAUCUUAUCCUUCAGCGACGCAGAUGCCACCGUAGAAAACAUUCUCAAUCAAGAACGAAUCCUUGACGAUAAUCACCUCGUCCGACUUUUCGUUCUUAGGCAAUCGGAUCAGAAGAAUUGGUUUCACUUCGUUGUCCAUGCCGCCCACUGCGUAAUCGACGGGGUUUCGCACUACACUGUUGUACGGACAUUGCUUGCUUUUCUGUCAUCCCCACCCGUAGCAGCGCCACGCCUAUCGGAGAGGCUAGCGUUAUCGCUCGCAGUUAAUGACUUGUAUCCUGUUAGACGUCUCAGUCCCGCUACACAACGAUGGCACAAGGCCAUGGCCCAUGUCAUCGCUUCUAUUCGAUCCGGAAAGAUCAUCAGCGGUGGUCACACAUUGCCUGGAAAUGUCACCGUUCACAUGAACGAGAACCCUGCUGACUCUCGCAGGACGACGCUUUCUUUCACUGUCGAAGAGACUCUUAGAAUUAUGAAAAUAUGCCGGGACCACGGAUUGACGUUUGGGAACGUUUAUGUUGUGCUUGGUCAGAUUGCCAUGGGCCGUCUGCUUUGUAGGAGGUACGCUCAGGGUUUGAUAACAGAGGAGGAAUGGGAGUUCAGGAAAAGAGAACCUACGUACACGGCAGGCCCAGUUAACGUCAGGCCAUACUUGGAUCGCGAGUGGUAUACCCACGGAGGAGCCGAGAAUCCGAUGCUUUCAAUAGGAUUCUAUCUCUACCCACUGUCCUUCGUUCCACUAUACCCAGAGGGAGGUCAUUCGACAUUUGGCGCCCUCUUGUCAUGUCGACGCUUUUGGUAUAGGUGUAGGAAUAUGAAGAAACGCGCCGAUGACUUUCUGAAGCACCCUUUGUUUCUCGACAUCGGGUCAGUUCGCUAUCCCCCAAUGAUCAACACGUUGAAAGAGUUAGAGUUCAAAGCGCACUCAUCACAUACAGAGAAAGAUCUCUCUAUCCCCGCUAUUGAGCAGGCAAAGCUUGGCGUGGUGCCUUCGUUCGGUGGCUCUAGCUUCGGAAGUGUUGACAAGCUUCUCCCGCGCGAGUUUCCAGUAGGCGGGAAAACCCCAAAAAUCUACCUACAUUGGUCCGGUACACGUCUUCGAUGUCGUCCCGGGGAAAUUUACCUCGGAGCUUCGACGUUUCGAGAUGAGCUCGAACUGGUUGUCCUGUGGGAUAACAACGUCACUGAGGAAGCCAUUAUCGAAGAGUGGUUACAAGAAGUGAAAAGGGCCACAUCAUAUUAUCUCUUAGAGAACGACCGUGAGGAGGCGAAGCUGUAAAAGAAACUGUAGGUUAUAUUGUAUAAAUAUGCAUCUAACAUGAGAAUGACAGCAAUUCCAUUCAUGUUU